AUUAACUUUGAUCUAGGAUUUUAAAUCUGGGUCUUGUUUUCUUCUGCCUUUUUCCAUCUCAAACUUCCCUUCGUCUCUGGAUAGUACUCACUCUCCCCAUUCCGUCGGUACAUUCCCUGAAAUUAAGCACAGCCCCAGAAAAAGGGGGAGGAGAAACAGAAGAACGGCAGAACCUCAACAUGGGACAAAAAGCAUCGGACCCCCAACCAGGGACGAAACUUCAAGUGAUCGGAGCGGGUCUCUCUCGCACCGGAACAGCGUCCUUCAGCGCCGCUUUGAACAUCCUUCUCGACGGACCCGUCUAUCACGGCGGUACACAAGUGACAAUGGGCCAACCUAUCGAGAUCAAGACCUGGAUUACAGCUCUCCGAGACUGGCUCGUAGGCCAAGACCAGCAGCGCGUCCUGGCCCUCAUCAAAGACCGCACCGACGGCUACGCAGCCAUCACCGAUGCCCCCGCCACCCAGUUUGUCCCGGAACUGUUGGAGCUCUACCCAGACAGCAAGGUUAUCUGUACAGUACGCGAUCCUGUUGCGUGGGCUAAGAGCAUAGAGCAGAUCAGUGGACUGGCGACACUCUGGUUUCUUCGUGCAGUGCUUCUCCCGCUUCCUGGAAUGAGACAUUUCGUGGAGUAUAUCUCGCUCUUGCAGUUGCAGUGGGAUCGAGUCUAUAAUGGUCAGCGUGCGCAGGUGGAGAUAUAUCAUCAGCAUAUAGCAUGGUUGAAAGAGAUUGUGCCCGCGGAUCGACUGGUGUUCUUUGAUGUCAAAGACGGAUGGGAGCCGUUGUGCGAGGCGUUGGGGAAGGAUGUUCCGGAUGUUCCAUUCCCUCGCAUUAAUGAUUCCAAGGCCGUUGAUCAGGUUGCUGAGUAUCAUAUCAAGCGGGGUCUCAAGAGAUGGGCUGGGGGUUUUGCGGUGGUGGGAGUUGUUACUGCUUGGUUUAUGUAUGGGUGAAUGUUGGAAUUAUGUUUGUUUGAUAUUGAAGCAACACUAGAUAGGCACUGUUCUUACUAGGUGUCGAAUAUAUAUUUCGAUAGAAGACUUACCGG